UUUUUUAGCCUAUUCCAUAUUUUAACGAUUCGAUAUUUUGUCCGGACACGCAUAUUUUUCUUAACUGUAUUUCUUUUUCCAUAUUAUCUCUCGCUAUUGCUACUAAAAUCUUGUUUUUUUUUUUGUAAAAAUUUGCAAAUUUUUUAAAUCACUGUUUUUUUUUUAAUGUUUAGGAAAAUUGAUUUAAAAAAUAUGAUCACUCGAAGCAAAGCCAAACAACAAAAUAUUCAAGAUCAGCAAAAUUUGACUAAAGAAAAUAAUCAAAAGACGAAUCAACAUUCACAAAGUCAGAAUAAUCAAGGCAAACAAAACGACCAACAAUCAGGACAAACUUCUCGUGGAAACAACCAACAAAAACCUGCUGUAAAUCCAGAUGGGAAAAUCAGCGAUUGUUUAAUUUGUUGUCAACGUUCUGAUCUUUUUGGACUUGGGGAGUGCAUGCAUCCGAUUUGUAUGAAAUGCUCACUGCGUAUCCGGGUGUUUGGAGAAAAAAAACAAUGCCCACAAUGUCGGACUGCCAUCCCAAUUGUAUUUUUUAUUAUUUUGUGGUGUUAUUUUUAUUGUUAG